AUGGCACUUUCACAUGAGGGAUUUGGUUAUGACGGUGUAUACGAUGGUGGUUAUGACUGUGUAUAUGGUGGUGGUUACGGCGGUGGUUAUGGCGAUGGAUACGGCGAUGGUUAUGAAGAUGGAUACGGCGGUGGUUAUGGCGAUAGAUACGGCGAUGGUUAUGACGGUAGAUACGGCGGUGGUAAUGACUGUGUAUAUGGUGGUGGUUAUGGCGAUGGAUGCGGCGAUGGUUAUGACGGUAGAUACGGCGGUGGUAAUGACUGUGUAUGUAGUGGUGGUUACGGCGGUAGAUACAGCGGUGGUUAUGACGGUGGAUACGGCGGUGGUUAUGACAGUGUAUAUGGUGGUGGUUACGGCUGUAUAUAUGGCGGUGGUUAUGGCGAUGGAUACAGCGGUGGUUAUGGCGGUAGAUACAGUUGUGGUUACGGCGUUGGAUACGGCGGUUUGUAUGAUGGCUUUGAUUGA